AUGGAACACCCCUUCUCGACAUCCAAAGUCACCGUCGAGUACUUCGAUCCCCAUGGCGUCUACAAACUCCUAGGCCCUGGCCUCGUGCCCCGACUUCCUCUCCGAAACCUCCACUGGCAAUCGCAUGCCGGACCUCUUCGAUCAAUUGAUGUGUUGUUCGUUGAGCUCGUCGACACUGGUGCCGACCCAGCUGCCGCUGCGCCUCGUGCCACCCUAAGACGUUCGGUCAGCGCAGGCGUUCAAGACGAUGGCUUCCAGACCCAGCAGGUCGGCGGCAAGAGUGCAUCGACCGACGACAUCGAGCCACCGGCGGCGGCGGCGCAGCAACCUGGGAAAGAGCGGCGGCACCAGAUUCCCGGUCUGCGACGAACCCCCUAUCUCAAGGUCCUGCUAGUGCGAUGCGACGACAACGACACGUACAAGGCCACGACGCGCGCCGAGAUUCGCGACUGGAUCAAGCUACACACGCCACCUUCCCAGAGUACAAGAAAGGCGAACAACCAGGAAAACCACGAUGCCUUUGAGUGGCUCAUUGUGCAUGUGGUCGUCCCCAACACCGUCGCCGCGACCCAGCCCAGAACGAGCGGCAAAAGCGCCGAGGGCGCCAGCAGCGACAAGACCGCCUCUUCGAGAUGGCGGACGGGGUCUUCUACGUUGCUGGAGAAGAUGCGCGCCGACUUCAACGUCACUGGCAAGGGUGCCGUGGAUAGGAUUGCCCAGAUCAGGAUCGGCAUCAAUGACGUGCCGUACGAUAUCCUGCCUCGCGUCGUACCAGCCACCCCAACCGGAUACUCGGAGACUGAGAAAGACGCAGAGGUUGCCUGGCAGGAGUUGCUGGCGAAGAUCAAGGGCUUGAUCCUGGCGUCGUUCGACAUGCGCGUUACACAGUACGAAGAUGACAUUCGUGAAAAAGAUGCGCAACGUCUGUUACCAGGUUGGAACUUUUGCACGUUUUUCAUCCUCAAGGAAGGCUUGGCGCGAGGCUUCGAGAGCGUCGGGCUUAUCGAGGAUGCGCUCGUUGGCUAUGACGAGCUCAGUGUUGGCCUUGACUCGGUUAUACACGAACAGGUCGCCACGGGAGACGCGGAGCGAAACGGCGGUGCGCUUCUGGGGUAUACUGCCGAGUUGAAAAAGCAGGCUGAACAGGCUGUUGCGGCAGCGACCGGCGGCGGGAAUCUCGAAGACGAAGAAUCCGUUGACCUGCAGUCCAAGGAGCUUCCUGCUUUCAGCCACUUUGACGAGAUCCCCAUCAGCUCCACAAAGAAGCUUUACCGCGACAUGAUUGUAGCCAACAACGUCUCGGUGUUCGACUUUCGUUGCUACAUAUUCGGCCGCCAGCUGGCCCUGUUGUUGCGCUCGGGCAACGCAUGGUCCUCCAAAGAGGAACUCCUGGUGAAGCUCAAGGAACAGCAAGAAUCAGUGUUGCAUGGCGUUGCACCACAGGCGCCUGCACCAAAACAAGCAGAGGAUGCAGAGAACCUCACCAUGUUGGCCGAGAUUUGUCGAAGGACCCUACAGUUCAUCCCCGCCAUAUCACAGAUCAUGCGAGCAGACAUCAUGUCAGCUGUUUCACAGCCUGGUGGCGACUCAGCUGAUCACUCAGUAAGCCCUGUGGUAACAGAGGUCAUUGACAAUCUUGUCGCAUCCUUCGCAUUCUCGGUUGCUCAGCAAAUCCUGGCGCAGACGUCAACCAAGUCCCUCCCCAUUCCGCCAUCCCUAUUGAUCACUCCCGAAAUUCAUGAGCCCAAGGUUUCCAUCCCCGAGCCCAAGACCAUGAUGCACCCCGCCCGAACAACGUCUUUAAGUGUGCGAACCACUACGGCAGCUCCCCACAGCCCAGGAAUAUUCCCUGGUCCGGGAGCCGGCCAAAGAGCCAGUGUUCCCGAGGGCAUGUCUGUCGCGCCGACUAGCCAGUUUCUCAAGAAUGGCCUCGAAGACCUCGCUGCCAGGCGUGCCGAGCUCUAUAAUCUCUCUCGUAAUGUGUUGGAAGAGUGCGGCAAGAAGCGCGGCUGGGGUGAUGGCUGGGCUUCUGUGCCCGACGUCGAAGACUCUGGCUAUGAGACGAUGGAGGACGUUAGUCUUGACGACAAUGAACCCCUGGCGAAGAAGGCAGAGGCCGAGGUCCCUCAGCAGCCUCUGCUGUCUGGUAUUGAGGGCCGCCUUCUUCAGGCAGCGCUCGAUAACCAAGACGACUUCUACCGUCUCUACGAGACCCUAACGGACAAGGCCUUAAGGCAUUACACCGUUGCCGACCAUAAUUAUGCCGUUCAAGCCAGCAUGACUGAUCUUGCGAUUCUUAAAUACCACCUCGGAGACUACUCAGCGGCGGCUUCUUACUUCUAUCGAGUGACGCCGUUCUACGGGGAAACUGGCUGGAGUGUGUUGGAGCUGUCCAUGCUCAUCAUGUACGCGCACUGUCUACAUGAGCUACAACGCAAGGACGAAUACGUUCGUGUGGUACUGAAGCUGCUGACAAAAGCUGCUGCCGCUGAGAAAGACCGCCUCGCGCGCCGAAAGGGGUUCCGACCUGGCGCCGGACAAGACGUGGAGCAUGCCUCUUUCGCUGUCAUUCGGGGUUUUGUCGGCAAACUACUGGCUGUGACCAAGACAUUUUCCAACGAGGUUCCAGUCCCUCUGGGACAGAUGUUCACUAAUCCUCAGUUAGACGAGUCCCCCGAGUAUGACGUCGGGCUCGACAGCUUCUCUUUGACGAUCAAAUUGAGUAGCUUACUGGUGGAUGACUUAACGAUCGAGACUGCGCGCAUGCGUCUUACAAGUUCUGACCCCGGUGUUCCAAAAGAGUUGUGGUUGGAGAGCACAACUCCUCAAGUGCUCAAGCCAGGCGAGAGCGCCAUUCGCCUGCAAAGCAAAACAAGCCUGUCCGGACGUUAUGACGUUGAUCGCCUGAGUCUGACCUCCAGUAAUAUUCAUCUCCACUACGAACGCGACAUUGAUCACGACUCCUCGAAAGGAGCUGAGGCCUUCCUUCUUCCGAAGGUCACAGUGUGUCGCCAAGAAGGCGGUUUGGACUGCCAACUUACUGCAGCGCGCCACACACAGCUAGACCGUAACAACUGUCUCGAUCUGAAGCUUCGUACUGGUUGGAAUAACGUCACGUCUUGCGAGAUACGAGUGAGGCCCAGCACUGGUGGACUUCGUCUUUUGUCUACAGAGGCCAAAUUCAUCGGACCUUCAUUCGAAUUCGCAAGUGCGCUCGAGCCAGGAUUGUUCCGAUUCAGUGCGCUCGAUCCCAAUACAAGUGUGCAGCUUCGAUUUCCAUUUUCCACUGAGCAGGACGUUGCCAAUAUCUCUGUCAAAGUCGACGUCAUCUAUUCAGCUGAGAAGGGUACAUACACCUUCUCUGCGAUACCCACUAUUCCCAUCUCGUUGGCCCUCGGCGUCAACGUCCAAGAUGUCUUCAAACACAAUGCAGUCUUCUCUCGGUUCAGCGUCUCCACUGCGUCACCGAGCCCGAUCACCGUGUACAAGAGCGAACUGCAGCAAUCCGACAUAUUCGAAUCACAUUUUGGAGUCGCACCCAGCAAGCCCGUGGUCGUCUUCCCCAAGCAGCCAGCAAGCCUUCUCUACAAAAUUACACGCAAAAAGGAUGUUGCGGUACAGCCAAAGACGAAAAAGACAUUAUAUCUGAAGGUCUUUUACAGCGUCGUGCUUGAACAGAUCGUUGCAACAGUCAGCAGGCUCGUGAAGCAAGACAUUCUUAAAUCUGACCUUGCGCGCUAUGCGACGCUGGUGGAGGCACAACUUCAGAAGCAGGUGCCCGGUGCGCUUUCGCUGUUUGACCUCGAGCGCGCAGGACUGCUUGGCGAAAUCUCUACCUCGUUCCUGACAAAGCCGGCUGUAGAUGAUUCGUUCAGGGGCUUGGGAAAGCUACCGGGCAGCGACAAGGAUGCAGCGAGAGCGAUCGCCAGCUUUAUCCAGGACUGGCAGCAGAAGAACCCAAAGCUCGCUCUGAAGUCAUCCGAGACUAUCGAAGACGCUCAGUCGAUCCUUAUUCCCGUAGAUGUUCCGUCCAUCCCAAUUCUCUUCACAAUCGACAUCCAGCUUGACAAAUCGCUCCCGUCGCCAGUCCCUCGCAAAGACGCGGGCACCCCCAUCACGGGCAUCAACCAGCUUCUGUCAGCCAACCUGACGCUCAAGUGGACACGCAGAUGGGAUACUUCGCCAGGCGUCACGGACAGUUCUACGACGCCGCAAGAGUUCACAUACGAUGUCACGGCGCCACCCGACACGUGGCUGCUCGGCGGUCGCAAGCGGGGCCGCGUCAAGGUCCCAGCACUCGGCACUGAUAGCUCUACGCCGGAUCAAUCGGUCGUAAACAUCCCGUUGAUCAUGGUGCCCCUCCGCGAGGGCUGGCUGCCGUAUCCGAGCGUUGACAUGAGGGAGGCCAAAGCGGAGGAGGACGGGCUGCCGCCGACGCAGGGACACUGCGAGACGGAUUAUCGGAAUCUGGGCGAGACGGUCAGGGUCAUUGCCGAUCGGGAGAAGGUCACACUCAGCUUGGACUCCAGUGGGCCCGGCGGCGGACCACUUGUCGUAGAGAGCGAACGCAGGGUGCUUGAGGGUCGGAUAGUUGUCUGA